AUGGUAGAAUGGGUGGAAAUAUGUUACAAGGAAAUCUCGGCGCAGCUCGUGGUUAACGGCUGUCUGAGUCCACGCUUCUCAGUUUCGAGGUCAGUGCGGCAAGGAUGUCCCCUGUCGCCAAUUUUGUUCGCACUCUACCUGGAGCCGCUGUGCCGUGCGAUAAUUGACAACGUCCUAAUAAGUGGGCUGAGGGCACCUCAUCAAGAGGUUAAACUUGUAGCGUAUGCGGACGACGUCACGGUAAUCUGUUCAAGUAAGGAACAAGUGAAGGUCGCCCUUGCGAUUGUGGAAGCUUUCUGUGAUGCGUCUGGAGCCCGCCUCAACAUUAACAAAUCGAAAGGAGCGUGGAUAGGAGACUGGGAAGAGAAGCCUACGCAAUAUCUCGAGACACAGUGGUCCUCAGAAGUUGGAAGGUACCUGGGAGUAAGUCUAGACUGGGAAACUGCCGACACUGCAAAAUGGGAGCCAAAAAUCAACGCACUUCAGGCGAAGCUAAAGCCGUACCAAGGCAGAAAACUGUCACUGAUCAGCCGGAGCUACGUAUGCAACACGGUGCUCUUCCCAGUAAUCUUGUACCCGGCCCAGGCAACGCCCAUUGACGCAACGACAGUACAUCGCUUUGAAAGGACAUGUGCCGUAUUCCUGUGGCAGUCCAAAUUCGAAAGAAUGCGGCGAACCAACAUCUUCUGGCCACUACAAGAGGGAGGGCUCGGUGUCGUCAACCUUGAGAUCAAAAUAAAAGUGUUACGCUUUAUAUAUUUCCGAGACGAAGCAAGACCCCAGCUUCGAACUGCUAUUCAGACCCUAGGAACCCACCAUCUUCUGCAGUGGAUCGUCAGCACGAAAGGCGGCGUGCCCAACACCAGGGUGCUUGGCUUCUACAGGGAGAUUCAGAAAAGCAUCACCUUUUUCUGCGAGAAGUUUUCCUGGGACUACCUGUCCAAGGUGAAGAAGAAGAAGUUAUACUGGGAUACGGUAUCCAGCUCCUUCCCUCCUCCCCUUUAUCGCCGCAGCUACAAUGAAACACCCGGAGAGCAUGGGCAGGAUGUGUUACGACGCGUGCGAAGACUCCCCAUUCCGACCAGCACAAAUGACUUCUUUGUACGCUUUCAUGUCGAAGUGGUUCCGGUGCAGCAAUGGCUCUUAGGCAAAGGCUUCGACGUGCCACGAGCUGGUAUGUGCCUUGUGUGUGGCCAAGAAGAGACUCUCCGGCAUGCACUGUUCGAUUGCAGGUCAGCCGUGCUGUUUUGGAGCGACCUUCGUGCAACGCUGGAGUUGUCGAUCGACUUCUCAUACGAGGAACUCAAGUUCCUCUUUUUCCCACGGGCCAGGUUCCCUGAACUCGUCAGUGUGGUUGACGCAGCGGGCUUGCAUGCUCUAUGGAAAAGCCGAACUGUGCGCGUAAAGUGCGACGUGCGAGCACUAUCGCCGGUGGCAUACCUGAAAUCGAAAUUGAUGUGGACGUUGUCCCUGGUUGGACAGAACAGGUUGAGGGAAGAGCCCGAAUGGAAGAGGUUAGCCACAGUAAUUGAGAACAUGGACCCAAAAACGUUUGGCUGCGUCAUACGGAGGCGGUACAGAGCAACAUGA